UUUGCCUUCAGUCAUCUGACACGAACGUGAGCAAGUUAUACCACGGGAGUAAGUUCGUCGUCAUUAUAUACCGAUAAUUCAAUACAAUCGUCGCAUCCUCUUCGUAUGUUGCCUUUUGUAAUAGACGGAUGCAAAUAAUCAUAUGUGAGCGUUAACUUAUUAACACAAUGCUCGUACUUUGUCCAUUAGCCAAUUUAAAUGCGCGAGAGAAAUGUGUUUUCGAGCAUUCAUGUCAAGGACGGGAACUAUCUUGACUGCUUGCUACACUCUGUACUCUCUGAUCGUGGUGGAGACGUCACAGUGGGCGGGGCUUCUACCUCAGUCCAGGGGAGCGAGCCUCUGGAGUCUGGAGGGGGAGUGAGAAAGGGCGAGAGGCACUCAGGGUGCGCUUCAGAGAAAAGGAAUCCGACCGCACGGCGAUCUCUGAGUUCUCCUCCGUUGCCAUGAAGGGCCAGGAAGACUCAGCUCUCCGAGAGAAAUGGCUGCUUUUGUAAAGACCCCGACCUGCGACCUGCCGCCACAUGACUCCAGCUGCCUCUGACGACCCUGUCGCCUUUUUUAUGGGCGCUACUACUUUGUGCGCGCUUGUGAGGAUUUAAGCUUUUCCCGGAGACUUUUAUUUUUUCCCCUCCACUGGUACCUUGAGGCUUUGCAUUAGCGCGAGGAGCUUGCGAGACAAUGGCGAACAACUCGUACAGCGGGGUGAAGAACUCCAUCGUGGAGGCGAACCAUGAUGGAGAGUUUUGCUGCACGCUCAAAGAACUGCGCUCCCUCAUGGAAUUGCGAGGCGCGGAGGGGCUAAACAAAAUCGGGGAGUCAUACGGGGACGUUCAAGGAUUCUGCAGCCGGUUAAAAACCUCACCUACAGAUGGUCUAAGUGGGCAGCCCGCAGACAUCGAGAAGCGGAAAACAGUGUUUGGGCAAAAUUUUAUACCGCCCAAAAAGCCCAAAACGUUCUUGCAAUUAGUGUGGGAGGCGCUGCAGGAUGUCACCCUGAUUAUCCUAGAAGUGGCAGCCAUAAUUUCACUUGGCCUUUCUUUUUAUAGACCUCAAGAUGCUAAAAGACACGACUGUGGCAAGGCCGCCGGUGGCGCGGAGGACGAACACGAGUCCGAGGCGGGCUGGAUCGAGGGCGCCGCCAUCCUGCUCUCGGUCAUCUGCGUGGUGCUGGUGACGGCGUUCAACGACUGGAGCAAGGAGAAGCAGUUCCGCGGCCUCCAGAGCCGCAUCGAGCAGGAGCAGAAGUUCACUGUCGUUCGCGGGGGGCAAGUCAUCCAAAUUCCUGUGGCGGAGAUAGUCGUGGGCGACAUUGCACAAGUCAAAUACGGUGACCUUUUGCCUGCCGAUGGCGUCCUCAUCCAAGGCAACGAUUUGAAGAUUGACGAGAGCUCGCUCACGGGAGAGUCGGACCACGUCAAGAAAACUCAAGAAAAAGAUAUAAUGCUUUUAUCAGGCACCCACGUGAUGGAGGGCUCGGGGAAAAUGGUGGUCACGGCAGUGGGCGUCAACUCCCAAACUGGAAUUAUAUUCACGUUACUCGGGGGCGGCGAGGACGACGACGACGAAGAGGAGGAAAAGAAGAAAGAGAAGGAGGAGAAGAAGAAACAGAGGAAAAACAAGAAGCAGGAUGGCUCCAUUGAAAACCGUAAGAAAGCUAAAGCACAAGAUGGAGCUGCCAUGGAGAUGCAGCCCCUGAACAGCGACGAGGGAGCGGACGCAGAGGAGAAGAAGAAAGCCAACCUGCCAAAGAAAGAGAAAUCUGUUCUCCAGGGCAAACUGACCAAACUUGCGGUACAGAUCGGCAAAGCAGGAUUGGUGAUGUCAGCCAUUACUGUCAUCAUCCUGGUGGUGCUCUUUGUGGUCAACACCUUCUGGAUCCAAAACCUGCCCUGGGUCAAGGUCUGCACGCCUAUCUACAUUCAGUUUUUUGUGAAAUUCUUCAUCAUUGGCGUCACCGUGCUGGUGGUGGCGGUUCCCGAGGGCCUCCCGCUUGCCGUGACCAUCUCCCUGGCGUACUCCGUCAAGAAAAUGAUGAAAGACAACAACCUGGUGCGUCACUUGGAUGCCUGCGAGACCAUGGGCAACGCCACGGCCAUCUGCUCCGACAAGACCGGAACGCUCACCAUGAACCGCAUGACCGUGGUGCAGGCCUACUUGGCCGACAAACACUAUCGGAAAGUCCCCGAACCGGAGAACAUUCCCACCUCCAUUUUGGACUUUCUGAUCGUGGGGAUAGCCGUCAACUGCGCCUACACGACUAAGAUCAUGCCUCCAGAGAAAGAAGGGGGCCUGCCUCGACAAGUGGGUAACAAGACCGAAUGUGCCUUGCUUGGAUUUUCUACCGACCUCAAGCGUGACUACCAGACCAUUCGCAACGAGAUCCCCGAGGAGAAACUCUACAAGGUCUACACCUUUAACUCCGUCCGCAAGUCUAUGAGCACCGUGCUGAAGAUGGCCGACGGCAGCUACCGCAUGUUCAGCAAGGGCGCGUCGGAGAUCCUCCUGAAAAAGUGCUAUAAAAUCCUCACAGCGACCGGCGAGUCAAAGGUGUUUCGCCCUCGGGAUCGAGAAGACAUGGUGAAGAAAGUGAUCGAGCCCAUGGCGUCCGAAGGCCUGAGGACCAUCUGCCUUGCAUACCGAGAUUUUGCCACCACCGAAGGCGAGCCAGACUGGGACAAUGAAAACGACAUCCUCACCAGGCUCACUUGCAUCUGCGUGGUGGGCAUCGAAGACCCCGUGAGGCCCGAGGUGCCGGACGCUAUCAGGAAAUGCCAGCACGCGGGCAUCACCGUGCGGAUGGUGACUGGGGACAACAUCAACACGGCUCGCGCCAUCGCCACCAAGUGCGGCAUCCUGCAACCCGGAGACGACUUCCUCUGCUUGGAGGGCAAAGAGUUCAACCGACGGAUACGUAACGAAAAAGGAGAGAUCGAACAAGAGCGCAUUGACAAAAUCUGGCCCAAACUACGGGUGCUGGCGCGGUCUUCCCCCACGGACAAACACACGCUAGUCAAAGGCAUUAUUGACAGCACCGUGGCCGAACAAAGACAAGUUGUCGCCGUGACGGGCGACGGCACCAACGACGGCCCCGCCUUGAAGAAAGCCGACGUCGGCUUUGCCAUGGGUAUCGCCGGCACGGAUGUGGCGAAGGAGGCGUCGGACAUCAUUCUGACCGACGACAACUUCUCCAGCAUCGUCAAGGCGGUCAUGUGGGGGCGCAACGUGUACGACAGCAUCUCCAAGUUCCUGCAGUUUCAGCUCACCGUCAACGUGGUGGCCGUCAUUGUCGCGUUCACUGGCGCCUGCAUCACACAGGACUCUCCAUUGAAAGCGGUGCAGAUGCUGUGGGUCAACCUCAUCAUGGACACCUUCGCCUCGCUCGCUCUGGCCACGGAGCCGCCCACCGAAGCGCUGCUGCUGAGAAAGCCGUACGGCCGCAACAAGCCUCUCAUCUCUCGUACCAUGAUGAAGAACAUUCUGGGCCAGGGGGUGUACCAGCUCAUCAUCAUCUUCACGCUGCUCUUUGCUGGGGAGAAGAUGUUCGACAUCGACAGCGGCAGGGACGCCCCCCUCCAAGCCCCGCCCUCCGAGCACUACACCAUCGUCUUCAACACAUUUGUCCUGAUGCAGCUUUUUAACGAGAUCAACGCCCGCAAGAUCCACGGCGAAAGGAAUGUCUUCGACGGCAUCUUCAACAACCCCAUCUUCUGCAGCAUCGUCUUCGGCACCUUCGUCAUCCAGAUCGUCAUCGUGCAGUUCGGAGGCAAGCCGUUCAGCUGCGUGGCUCUCAACAUUGACCAGUGGCUGUGGUGCACCUUCUUGGGCUUCGGUUCCCUGCUGUGGGGGCAGGUCAUCUCCUCCAUACCCACCAGCCGCUUAAAGUUCCUGAAGACGGCGGGACACGGCACCCAGAAGGAGGAGAUCCCCGACGAGGAGCUGGAGGAGCUGGAAGACAUGGACGAGAUCGACCACGCCGAGCGGGAGCUCCGUCGCGGUCAGAUCCUCUGGUUCCGCGGCCUGAACCGUAUCCAGACUCAGAUGGAUGUAGUCAGUGCGUUCCAGAGCGGAACUUCCUUUCAGGGGGCUCUGAGGCGGCAGGCCUCCAACUCCAGCCAACAACAGCAGCACGAUAUCCGGGUGGUGAACGCAUUCCGCAGCUCCAUCUCCCUCUAUGAGGGCCUGGAGAAGCCCGAGUCGCGGAGCUCCAUCCACAACUUCAUGACCCACCCGGAGUUUCGGAUAGAGGACUCGGAGCCCCACAUCCCCCUCAUAGACGACACGGACGCCGAGGACGACGCCCCCACCAAGCGCAACUCGGCCACUCCCCGCAACACCACGCCCACGCCGCCCUCACCGGCCUCCGCCUCGCCCGUCCCCGCCGUCGCCGUGGUGCCGCUCUCGCCCUCCCCGAACCAGAACAAUAACGCCGUGGAGAGCGGCAACCACCUCCAUCCCGGGGGCACCAAAGCGGGGGGCGCCGCCCUGCCCGGCAGCCCCCUACACAGCCUGGAGACCUCCCUUUGAUCAGAAAGCACGCCCACCUCUCCUGCAAGGCACCUUACCACUUUUCUACACCAGGGACAGCGAUAUGGGGGUUUGGGGGCCUGGGAGGGGGUGGCUGCGCCCGGACUAACUUUGGGAGGAAUGUAACGGCUUGUGUGGAUGCUUUGCUCUUCUUCUCUUCGGUUCUUCUUAACACAGCCUCCGUGCCAGGACUCUGCCCCCUGCCGCCCCCCCCCCCCCCCCCCUACCCCCCACUCUGCCCCCCCGCCCCUCUUGGCUUUGGUUAGUCUGGCUCACAACAAGGCGUGAUUAUAAACUCUUGAUUGAAAGUGACCUGUUUUUCUUCUUCUUCUUCUUCUUCUUCUGAAUAGAAUGAUUUGACUUGCAAAGAAGAGGAGGCGCUCCUCCUGGCUCGGACGCGCGACCUUUUAGCUUCUCUUCAUCUCGACGGUGUUGUAUAUUUAGCUCUUCGGCCCUCGCUCACACUCGACUCAUUUCUGCUCCGUUUGGCUGUUAAUAUUUUUGACUUAUUUAUGUUUGAUGGAGGAAAAAAAAGCAGGUCUGUUUACAAAGUUUGUAGAUACUUUUUUUUCUGUUUGUAGGCAAAAGAGCUUCCUGAUGUAUGAUGCAGAAAACUGGGACAGAAUUUAAAAAAAGAAAAAAGAAAAAAAAAAAACCCGAGAGGAUUAUUUCAGAUACUGCUGUAUUUUCAGGACAAAAUGGGUGUUUCUAUUGAAACUUAAGUAUUUUUGCCUGCAAGUUUUAUUUGUUAUAUAUUUGUAGAUAAAUAUAGAAACUUCUAGCCAAACCAAUAAACACUAAGUCUUGUACAGAGAGAGGAGGUCCACCCGGCCUGAAGCGUCGGAACCACACGUUCGAGGCCUCCAUGUCGCUAUGAAUAUUUACUCUCGUUUCCAUGUGCACAAAACCUUCCUGAAAACCCUUUUCUUCAUUCAUUCACUUUGUGUUCAGAGAUUUCCACAUGUUGAAAGCUUCUCAAAAAAAAAAGGGAAUCCAGGAGGUGGGGGGUUCUAAAGUGGGGGAGGGGGUAUAUUUAGCAAGCAUCACCUCUUCCACAAGUGGACAAAAAGGGAAAGUUUAUGCACAUUCUUGAGCUUGUUUCGAUGUCAUUUUUUGCACACGACUGGCUAAUUAUUUAUUAAUCAGACAAAAACGUGAAUGUGCCUUGGCUUUAGUCAAUGUUGAAGCUUUGGUCCAGUCGCUUAUUUACCUGAUGAAACCCUGCAGAUGCUUGCUAGAUAUACCCCCCCCCCUGCUUAGUUUUAUGGUUUCAUUCACUUAGUUCGUCACCCCCGCCUUCCCAUUGGAGAACAUUUGUUCUUAGAUUUAAAGCAGGAACCUUGUGUAUUCCGUGCUUCUUAUACUCCCACACACACACCGGGACACCGCUUUUGGACACCUGAUGUACUGGAAUCACUACAAAAAAAAAAAAAUUGGACAUGCAUUUUUUUUUUUUAAGAAUAAAGACGACGCAUACACUGGUAUCUAUCUGCACAGGGUACUUUAUUUCCUAGCAAGAGUUUUGAUACAAAUCAUUGAAGACAAAUUUGUAUUUUUAUGAAACUGAUGAGACCUUUCAUCGUACUCACACAGUUUUUUGGAGGAUUUGACACAGCGGGGGAGGGGUUUUGGCCACUAAAAUAAAUGUGUGUUCUGGAACAUUCAUCUCAGGGUGCAAAUAGGCAUGAUGGGGAGAGAACAGGCCUCAUUGUUUUUGUUUCUUUUUUUUUGUCACCACGUUUGGUUGUUUUGGUGGCGUCACAUCCUGGCGGUCCUCACCCUUGGAGGCCCCGUGGAUGUGGAAAGGAGCUCGUCUGUUUGUUUGAUGCAUAUGACAAAAAUAGCAGCUAGGAGUGGUGAAGAAAUCUGAGAAAUACAAACGGAAUCCAUACGAGGGGUUUGUUCUGUAGCUUCUUCCUGUCAGGGGAAUGAAUGUUUUUUUUUUCCAUCUGUUUUAUGGAUCAUCAUUUUUUUUUAUCUUUUAACAUUUGGAAAUAAAAGUACUUCAUGUCUGUUUAUCUUGAGCAUUUUAAAUGGAUAUCGUGAUUGGAUUUACAUUUGAAACUUGUCGAGUAAUGUGUAUGGUUUUUAAAAAUAAAAAUGUAUUUAGCCUAUG